AAAGACCAGGGAAAGGACACAGGGCUUGUCAUAUACGCUUCAUCAGCCAGUAAUGUAAAGAUUGAUGAACUGGAGGAGAAGCUGGCACGUUGCAGACAGAGCAUGGAGGAGAUGGAUCUUAAACUGUGCAGGGAGAAGCUCAGCCCUGAAGGAAGAAAGUCACUGGAGAGAGAGAGAAACUUACUAAUGACCAAAGCUGACAACUACGAGAAAGAACUGAGUGUGCUUCGUAAGGAAAAUGGCAAGAAUGCUGCCCUUGCUGUGGCCAUGGGGUUGCUGAUUGCUCUUAUUUACACCUGCUGGACGAUGUGAUUGCACUCAAGAAUUCUCCCUGCUGACCAAAUGACUCUCCUGCAAGGAGCUUCUUCCUCCUCUCACCACUGUGCCCUCCCCCAAAGGUGAGGAUCAGCAUUUCAAAUUGCUGUUCUUGUUUAUCCUCCCCAAGCCUCCUUGUAGGGAAGCUUUUUCUCUGAGAAUUGAG